AUGGUUGGUGUGGAGGAUCCCACAAGCGAAGCCACGGUUUGUCGUGGAACCGUUGAGCGGACAUUUAAAAGAAAAAAAUUAGGCGAUACAAAAGGUGCCAAAAAUGGAGUGUUGGAGGGACAGCUGUGCCUCCUUCAUGGGAUUGGCAGACGUCUACCGCAACGUGGAAUGGAAGACUUAGGCGGGGGGUCACGAGAAGUGCUAACGGUGAAGGUGAAAGAAUUCCGAGUAAAUCAUCCGUCCAGUCAAAAGAAGGAUCCGAUUAUUCGAGGAAAAGACAAGUCGAACCCGCUGUGCAAAGCCAACGUCAUCCUCCUCGUCCUCCUCCUCAAGGUCGUCACAGUUGUUGUCUCGUCUUCACAAUUGAUGAGAUUGAACUAG